AUGCCUUUGACCAAAUCAUCAUCUAAUUACAAUAAUGUUAUUCCAAUCACCCACGCAUUAGUUUUAAAAUUUCUCGAAUCAAAUAAAUAUUUUAAUACAUUAAAAGAAUUUCGUAAAGAAGCCAAUCAAAUUAUUGAAGAAAAUGAUGAAAUAUUUGAUAACCCGUCAUCUACUAAACCAUUAUUAGCUAUUGUACAAGAUCAUUUAGUGGAUGAAUUGAAAAAGGGUGUAGAAAAUUGGAAUUUAGAUGAAAUAAAAAUCGAUAAAGAUUUAUAUUCUUCGGAAAAAGCUUUAUAUCCAAAAUACAUUUGCGAAACCUUUUCUCAAAUUCAUUCUUCAAAUAUUCUCGCCGUUCGUCUUCAUGAUAUUACAUUAUCUUCUUACGUUGACAAAGAUUAUGAAACUACUUCUACUGCAGCAUUAAUCACUGGAUCAGCGGAUAAAACCAUAAAAUUUACUUCUUUACUCACCGGAGAUACUUUUAAUACUUUUGAUUUUCAUAAAGGUGGAGUUCUUGCAAUAGAUUUUCAUCCUAUUCGCUCAAAUUUAAUGUUAUCUGCUUCGGUGGAUGGAAGUUGUGUUAUAAUGGAUACUUUUACUAUGGAAGUUAAACAAACAUUUAAAGAUCACAAAAAAUCCGUUGUUAGAGCAAAGUUUUCUCCUAAUGGUUUAUUAAUUGUGACGGCAAGUUAUGAUCACACUUUGAAUUUUUAUAAAACAGCCAAUGGUUCUCAUCAAGAUACUCUUUUAUCACCAAUAUCUCCAAUAAAUUCAUCAUCUCCUUUAUCCCCUUCUACCCCUCUUCCCAUUUAUUCUAAAAUUCAUUCAAUUACUUUUGAUUCAAAUAUUGAAUCUCUUAGUUUUCUUCCGGAUUCAUCCUUUUUAAUAGUUGGUAUUAGAGAAUCCAAUUAUCUUCAUUAUAUCAAUCUUCAACAAUCACAAAAUAAGUUCGAAAUUACAAAAUAUAAUAUGAAUUCUAAUGGUGAUGAUUGGGUAUCAUUUACAGCUAUGGAUAUUAUUCCUAGUCCAAAUAAUAAUGGUAAAUAUUUAUUGGUUUCUACUGAUGAUGAAAGUGGUAGAAUUAUUUUAUUUAAAACAUUUAACAAGAAUGGAGUGAAUGGCAAGAAUGGCGUGAAUGGCAAGAAUAGAGUGAAUGGCGUGAAUGGCAAGAAUAGAGUGAAUGGCGUGAAUGGCAAGAAUGACGUGAACGGAACGAAUGGAAACAAAGUGAAUGGCAAAGAUAACGUGAAUGGAAAAAAUGGGAAUAACGUGAAUCAAUCAAAAAUAUUAAUUCAAGUAGCAAACUUUUAUGACACAGAUAUUCCCUCCUCUUAUAAUAUUUUAGAUAAUUUAGAUAAUAUACCAGCUUCACCUGCAUCAUUUUCAAAUUCUUCCAAUUUAAUAUCUCGAAAAUUUACAAACCCUCGUCUUCUUUGGCAUCCAUCUGGUAAUUUCUUUUAUUCUUAUGGAAUAGAUUCAAACAUCCGUGUAUAUUCUUUACGCACAAAGAAAUUAAUUGAUCAAAUUGAAGGUCAUACCGAUUUAGUAAGAGGAAUGUGGUAUGAUAUAGAAAGAGAUUUGUUAGUUACUUGUGGAUUUGAUAAAUGUGUUAAAAUUUGGUGUAGUGAUGAGUUAUCUAGUUGUGACCGCGCUGGAAAAACUACGCAAGCAACAAAAUUAUUUGAAUACCUUCAAAGUCUUGGACAUCCAGUUAAACUAUGGAAAUUUCCAGAAAGAAAAACAUUAAUAGGACAAGUAAUCGAUGAAUAUUUAAAAAAGACUAGAGAAUUAGACGAUAAAACAAUUCAUUUAUUAUUUUCAGCGAAUAGAUGGGAAUGCAUGUCAACUAUGAAAGAGGAUAUUCUUAAUGGUACAACUUUGAUCGUUGAUCGAUAUGCUUACUCUGGUCUGGCAUUUUCAGCAGCCAAAGGGUUAGAAUUAGAAUGGUGUAAAUAUCCUGAUAGAGGAUUAUUGACACCUGAUAUAAUUUUCUUUACGGAUUUAUCAUCCGAGGAUGCAGCAAAAAGAGGCGGAUUUGGUGAGGAAAGAUAUGAAAAUCAAUCAUUUCAAAAAAAAGUUAGAAAAAUAUAUUUGUCACUUAAAGAUCCUACUUGGAAAAUAUUAGAUGCAAGACAAUCAAUAUCGGAGCUUCAUGAUCAAAUUGAAAAAAUGUCGUUGACAAUAAUUCAAAAAUGUAAAGAAUUACCAUUAAAAGAAGAUUUAUUCAAGGAUAAAUGA